AUGACCGUAGUAGCAGGAGAUAACAUGGACGAGACCUCGGCUGUUCCUGGCCACCCUCAGGACACCUACCCUCCAGACCACAAUGACCAUGAAUGCUGCGAGAGGGUGGUCAUCAACAUAGCCGGUCUCCGGUUUGAGACGCAGUUGAAAACUCUCUCCCAGUUUCCAGAGACGUUGCUGGGCAACCCCAAAAAGCGGAUGCGGUACUUUGACCCUCUGAGAAACGAGUACUUCUUUGACAGAAACCGCCCCAGCUUUGAUGCCAUCCUCUAUUACUACCAGUCUGGUGGUCGGCUGAGAAGACCAGUGAAUGUCCCUUUGGAUAUGUUCUCGGAAGAAAUCAAAUUUUACGAGCUGGGAGUGGAGGCGAUGGAGAAGUUUCGUGAGGAUGAGGGUUUCAUCAGGGAGGAAGAGCGCCCUUUACCUGAGAGGGAGUUCCAGCGUCAGAUUUGGCUCCUCUUCGAGCACCCAGAAAGCUCAGGCACCGCCAGAGGGAUUGCCAUAGUGUCUGUGAUGGUGAUCCUGAUUUCAAUAGUCAUAUUUUGUUUAGAGACUUUACCACAGCUGAAAGAGGACCCAACAAGUCGAAUAGUGGGGAACUCUACUAUUUAUUACAAGCCAAAUAUCCUCACUGACCCCUUCUUCGUCAUUGAGACACUCUGUAUAAUCUGGUUCUCCUUUGAGUUGAUAGUACGCUUUCUGGCGUGCCCAAGUAAACCGGCAUUCUUCAAGAACAUGAUGAACAUGAUCGACAUAGUGGCUAUCAUCCCGUACUUCAUUACACUUGGCACCGAGCUGGCUGAAGACCCAGACAACGAGGGGGUGGGGGAGCAGGCAACAUCUCUGGCCAUACUCAGGGUGAUCCGCCUGGUCAGGGUGUUUAGGAUCUUCAAGCUGUCACGACACUCCAAAGGACUUCAGAUUUUGGGGCAGACCCUCAAGGCCAGCAUGCGAGAGCUGGGACUGCUGAUCUUCUUUCUGUUCAUUGGAGUCAUCUUGUUCUCCAGUGCUGUCUACUUUGCCGAGGCAGAGGAGCAAGGAUCCUACUUUGGCAGCAUCCCGGAUGCAUUUUGGUGGGCUGUUGUGUCAAUGACAACUGUGGGCUAUGGGGACAUGGUCCCAGUCACUAUAGGAGGCAAGAUUGUAGGAUCUCUGUGCGCCAUCGCCGGAGUGUUGACAAUUGCGCUCCCAGUGCCUGUCAUUGUGUCCAACUUCAACUACUUUUACCACAGGGAGACCGAGGGAGAAGAGCAGGCCCAGCUGCUCAAUGUCAGCAAUCCCAACAUCCCCUCUGAAACCAACUCAAGCCGCCGUAGCUCAUCCACCGUCAGCAAGUCAGAGUACAUGGAGAUUGAUGGAGACAUAAACAAUAGCAUCGACAACUUUAGGGAGGCAAACCUCAGAACUGGCAAUUGCACUAUAGCCAACCAAAACUGUGUAAAUAAAAGCAAGCUGCUUACAGAUGUUUAG